AUGGCCGCCAACGACUACUAUCACCAGAACAUCCCCCAACCUCCAACAUACGACCAAGCUGUCCCUGGUUCAACACAUCAAACCCCGACGAUAGCCCCUGGAAUCGGCUACGCCAGCCACAGCGCGAACCAUGACGACCCGUCCGCCCCUUAUCACAACAGAGAAAGUCAACAAUCUUUUGUCUCGGACAAUGGACAAUACCAGACCGCAGGACGUGUAACAGAAGGCGACCACUACUCAGAGAACAUUCCCUUGAAAGCCCAGACACAGUAUGGCAACAACCCGGAUUGGAUGCAGCAACAGACGCAGUACCCUCCAUCUCCAGGGGCACUAGAAGAUAGCCGACGAGGUAAUGGCCGAAAGAAGGGGUUCUUCAAGAAGAAGAUCGCCUGGAUGACAUAUAUCUUGACUUUGGCCCAGAUCAUCGUGUUCAUCGUCGAACUGGUCAAGAAUGCCCAGUUGACAGGUUCGGUUAUUGAAACGAAACCCACCUUCAAUCCGAUGAUCGGCCCUUCACCGUACGUCCAAAUCUACAUGGGAGCACGCUACGAUCCGUGCAUGAAGAACGUGGAGGGAAUCCAGAACGCCAACACAACUAUCUUCUGGCCCUGCCCGAAUGCCACUUCCACCACCGACCAGUCGUGCUCAUUGUCGGAAUCCUGCGGCUUUGGCGGCGUUCCCAAUCCCCGUGUCGGAGGAUCAACAGAUGAUAACCCCGCUCCCAACCAGUGGUACCGCUUCAUUAUUCCCAUUUUCUUGCACGGAGGUUUCGUCCACAUUGGCUUCAAUUUGCUGGUUCAAAUGACCAUGGGCGCGGACAUGGAGCGCAUGAUUGGAAUUUGGCGGUAUACCUUGACAUAUUUUGCCAGUGGUAUCUUCGGCUUUGUACUGGGUGGAAACUAUGCUUCUCAAUUGGACCCCAGUGACGGCUGCUCGGGUGCCCUGUUCGGUAUCCUCGCGCUCUACUUGCUCGAUCUUCUUUACGAUUGGACUCAGCGUGAGUCCCCAUGGGUCGAGCUUAUUAUCAUGAUCCUGGGCGUGGCCGUCUCCUUCGUUCUGGGCCUUCUUCCCGGGCUGGACAACUUCUCCCAUAUCGGUGGCUUCAUCAUGGGUCUUGCUAUUGGCUUAACUAUCAUGCGCUCCCCCAAUGUUCUCCGCGAGCGCAUCGGUCUGGCCCGCCAGCCAUACGUCGCCAUGAGCGGUGGAGCCGGCCAGGCUACCCCCGACAACAGAAAGACAACCUCUUUCGUGGACAUGUUCAAGAGCAAGCGCGGCAUGGCCAACUCGAGCCAGGAUAUCGAGAACUCCAAGAACCCCAUCAACUUCUUCAAGGGCCGCAAGCCUCUUUGGUGGUUGUGGUGGGUUGUCCGCGCCGGUGCUUUGGUGGCGGUCCUGAUUGGUUUCAUUAUGUUGCUUGUCGACUUUUACAGAUACCCUACCUCGAACUGCUCGUGGUGCUACCGCUUGAGUUGUCUGCCUGUCAAUGGCUGGUGCAAGCAGAAUACUCUGACUUUCACUAACACCAACAGCACGUGA